GUUGCUUUCACUAGCCAGUGCGAUCGAUCAGUGCCAGUUAAUCGGGCGACAAAGCGGGCCAAUUCAGUGGAAUAUACAGUGGAUAAAAGUCAGAGACUCCUGACAAAAAUGAAAGUGAUUAUCCUUUUGGGACUCUUUGUCCUGUCCUGCCAGGGACAGCAUCAUCAUCCUCACCAGCAACACCAACAGCACCAGAAUGUGAACAAUAUUCCGCGCGACGACAAGCCGGAUCAUCACCGGCACGAGGAUCACCGGGAGACAAGCACCUGGAUACCCAUCAUCAAGUACAACAAGGAGCAGAGUGAGGAUGGCAGCUACAAGACGGAGUACGAGACGGGUAAUAGCAUCAUUCACGAAGAGACGGGCUUCCUCAAGGACUUUGAAACGAAUCCCAAUGGAGUGCUGGUCCAGCAUGGCCAGUACUCCUACCAAUCGCCGGAGGGCACUUUGGUUAAUGUCCAGUAUACCGCCGAUGAGAAUGGCUUCAGGGCCACCGGCGAUCAUAUACCCACUCCGCCGGCCAUACCCGAGGAGAUCCAGAAGGGACUGGACCAGAUCUAUGCCGGGAUCAAGCUGCAGCAGGAGCGUCUGGAGCAGAGGGCCAAGACGGAUCCGGACUUUGCCCGGAAACUGGAGGAGCGACGAGUGGCCAAUCAGAAUGGACAGUACAUUGGUCUGCUGGAGAAUCAGUGAGGAGGGGCAGUAGACCCAACUACCAAUCCCAUUCCCAUCCUCCCCACCGAACCUAUGAGCCUGGAAACGUGACUCUCCUAGUGACUUCCUUGGAGACUUCCUUAGUGACUCCUUCACAUUCUAUGACAACCAGAAGACUGUGAUUUCACUCUGCUAAAUCUUCUUCAAAAUCAUGCUCAUCGCUAAACCUUUGAUAACUUUAAUAACAUUUAUUACCAACCAAGUUCCGCACACACACACAAACACACAGACGGGGCACACAUGAUAAUAAUACUUUAUUAACGAGUGUGAAA